AUGUCUCGUCGGCGUCCUAAUGUGAUGUUAACUAUCCCUAAGAAUACGCUACAAGUCUUUGAUAUGGGGUUAGAUUUCCGUUCUUACCUAUCCCGCGUGGAUGUCAAUGGACUACCAGUUUUAGGCAAUGUCGUAUCCUAUGAGGCAUCAAAACUGACUGAAGUAUUUACUCCGACUGUAGGGUUGUUAGUGACGAUACUGCACAUGCUUGCUCAUUGCACCUCAAGUUGCUCCGCCGUAGCUUGGCUGAAAGCCUAUGAUGCCAUCCAAAAGAUGUAUAUCGAAAAUUCAGAGGAAGAAAACACGGAAGCCGUUCGAUACGCUGUGGAGGCUAGAGCGGCUAUCAAGGAUUAUUUGACUGGUGACGCUGUACCCGGUACAAACCUCCUUUGUGAGAAAUUGUUGACUCUUCUCGACCAGCAAAGUGGCAUCCAUGGUUCUCAAGCUCCAUCUCAACGGAAGGUCCCGCGGGAACCGAAGGGGGCUUUUUGCAACCUACAUCUAUCGGACCAAAAGUGCUACCAGGAUUUUGCUUGUAAUCAGCUUCAUUUACAAGAAGUGAAGACGGUGCGUCACAGGAAGAUUUUUUACAUGCGACUUAUUGAAGUGCUAAAAGCGGAAAAGCGAUCUCGCCAGCAAAUCCGCCACCGAAUAAAGGACUCAGUUUUCUUUGCCCGAUAUGGCAAUAAGGUUACCGUUCAAUGCCAGGGUAAAUGGAUUCCAUUUUUCAAAACAGUUUAUACGGACGGAAGGCUAGAGCAGGCGCUUCGAACUCAGCAUUUCGCUUGUGGUGACAGCGCUUGCGCCGACGAAAAUUGUCUGGGAAUACAUCCACAAGACCGGCGCGUUACCACGUCCAGUAAACUGAUGGAUCUUAAUAACCCCGAUGUAGUACUUCAACAGAUAGAGGAAGAAGCGGAGCGACACCUGUCGAUGGAGGGGGCAUUCAACGAUCACGAAGCAGAACAUAUCUCCGCAGCCGCAAGUUCAUCUUCGAUGCCUUCGCCUACAUCGGAAAUGUGGAGAAAUACUGUAAGGGAAUAUGUGCGGCAAACGGGAAUCCCACAGGUGGAGGCCGAUGAGUCGUUACUCAGGACACUGCAAGAUGCAAAUGUCCUGGCCACACCAACGGCCUCAACAGAGAGCUUAACGCCACUCUUAGACGAACUCGAUAUGCGCACGUUCAGCUCGAGCUCUCCGGUCAGAGAGCAUCCCAAUGCUGAAAUAGGGUGA